CACCAAUACAAAUAAGCUUUAAGCUUUCCUUUGGCUCUGUCUUUCUCUCUAAUCAGCCUCUUUCUGCUCUCUCUAUCGCUUCUAGCUGUAGAGAUUAUUCCAUACCUCUCUUUUUCUCUCAUCUUUUUCCCUCUCCUUCUUCGUCACCCUUCUUUGCACCACUCCUUAUAUAUCCCAAAAGAAACACUCCCAGUAAACACAAUCAUGGAGGGGUCUCACAUGGAGUUCCUAGUAGUCUUUUGUUACUCCAUGCUUUUUGCCUUCGUUACUGCCUCUUACGGGAACUCUCCCAUCGUAUCCUUUGAUGAAGGUUACGCUCCCUUGUUUGGGGACAGUAACUUGGUCAUCCACAGAGAUGGCAAAUCUGUUCAUCUUUCACUGGAUGAGAGAACAGGUUCAGGAUUUGUGUCUCAUGAUCUUUACCUUCAUGGGUACUUUAGUGCUUCUAUUAAGUUGCCUGCUGAUUACACUGCCGGAGUUGUGGUUGCCUUCUAUAUGUCAAACGGUGACAUGUUCCAGAAUAACCAUGAUGAAAUCGACUUUGAGUUCUUGGGAAACAUUAGAGGCAAAAACUGGAGGAUUCAGACAAAUGUUUAUGGCAAUGGUAGUACCAAUAUUGGCAGGGAGGAAAGAUAUGGUCUCUGGUUUGAUCCUUCAGAUGAUUUCCAUCAGUACAGUAUUGCCUGGACUGAUUCUCAGAUCAUAUUUUAUGUGGACAAUGUUCCCAUCAGAGAAGUGACGCGAACAGAAUCUAUGGGAGGAGAUUUCCCCUCUAAGCCAAUGACACUGUAUGCAACAAUAUGGGAUGCAUCUGAUUGGGCUACGAAUGGAGGAAAAUACAGGGUUAACUACAAGUAUGCACCCUAUGUUGCCAAAUUCUCUGACCUUGUUCUGCAUGGGUGUGCAGUGGAUCCUAUUGAGCUGGUUGCCAAGUGUGAGAAUGAUGAAAAAGGCAUUGCUUCUGGUGUUACACCAGCGCAAAGAAUCAAAAUGGAGAAUUUCAGAAAGAAGCACAUGACAUACUCCUACUGCUAUGACAGAAUCAGAUACAAAUCACCUCCAUCAGAGUGUGUCAUCAAUUCCCAGGAAGCCGAGAGGCUAAGAAAAUUUGAUCCUGUAACUUUUGGAAGCGGUCGGCACCAUGGAAAACGACACCGCCACACCAGAGGAAGCCAGACAGAAGCAGCUUCAUCAUUUUAAGAAUACCAUAAUUUGUUUUAUUUCAUCCUUUCAUUUAGUUAAAUUCCUGGGUUGAUUUUUUUUUUUUUUUCUGUUUUUUCUUUUUUCUGGUGUAUAGAGAGGGAAUAGAAUUCUUGAAUAUGAUGAUAGUUUUGAUAUGGUGGUUAAUUAGGUUAUUGCUGGUGGUGGUUGGUGGGUAUGUGUAUAGUUCACACCUUUAGGUUCCCAGGUAUUUUGCUAUUGUAAUUCACGUCUUUUUGUUUACAAAUUAAAAUCCUUUGAUUUUGUACUUAUAUUUAGACCAUACCUCAGCGGUUCGGUUCAAUAAUUUAUUUAGCAUUGG